GGAUCCAGUAUAAAAUCCGAUUAAUGUCCUCUACCAGCGGAAAACCCCUGCCACUGGAUGUUCGUUUGAGUAAAAAACUCUCAUGGCUACUGCGACAUGGAUUGAAAAAAGAAGGCUUUCAGAUACAGCCAGAUGGUUUCAUUAGAGUCGAUGAUCUAUUGAAACAUCCCAAUUAUUGUCGUGACUUUAGUUUGUCCACUUUGCAAAAGAUUGUGGAACAGGAUGCCAAACAGCGUUAUACGCUACGCCAGAAUCCCUUGCAGGGGUACUGGGAAAUACGAGCCAAUCAGGGUCAUUCGUUGGAUGAAAUUCAAUCCGAUCAAUGUUUGCAGUUAAUUAACAACGCAGCAGAGGUGCCACUGGCUGUACAUGGUACCUACUAUCGUCAUUGGCCAAGCAUUAAAACCCAUGGCUUAAAACGUUUCCAGCGUAAUCAUGUUCACUUUGCCACCAGUGAUGACUGUUCGAAUAACAUAAGUGGAUUUCGUUCCGAUUGCCAGAUUUUGAUUUAUUUAAAUGUGGAAAAGAUAUUCAAGGAGGGCCAAUUGAAAUUAUAUCGUUCUGCUAAUAAUGUCAUACUGUGUGGAGGUCUAGAGGAUGGCUCAAUACCCUGCAAAUAUUUCCUGAAAGUUGUGGAUCGUCGUAGCGGCCAACAUUUGGAAUAUUAGUAUUGGUGUUGUUGUAUUUGUAUUUUACAAACAAUAAAAUUCUAGUCAAUUUUUAUUUGAAA